UACAUGCAAAAAUCCGACAAAUAAUAAUAUCCCAGAUAGAGUAGAUCGAACGGCUGGAGGCGAGGGGGAGGACGUGAGGAAGAUCCUCCACACGAAAGCAGCAAUAAUUUUUUUUUUUGGGGCCAACCAGAAAGAGUGUUUUUUGGCGCCAUCAACUCUUUUCUCUUCAGAUCCAUUUGCGCUAAGCUAUGGCGGCAACCUACCGAUCUCAGUUUUUUCGCGACGAAGCUGAAGAUGUCUCUGCUGCGACCCAUACAGCUGUGCACUCUCCACAUGCUCCGGCGGCAUUGGGACCUUACUCUCAGGCCGUCAAGGCAAAUGGCAUGCUGUUUGUAUCCGGUGUCCUCGGCCUAAACCCUCAGACUAUGAAGUUCCCUUCUGAUGAUGUCAGUCAACAAACUGAGCAGGUGAUGCAGAACAUGGGAGCAAUCUUGCAGGCCGGCGGCGCAAGUUUCACCAGCGUUGCAGACUGUCCCCAAGUGGAACAUGGUAGCGGUAGGAACCCUGCAGAGCACCAAGCAAUGCAGUGGAGGCAACACGGCUGCACAACGCCAAAUGACUGCAAGGAACGAAACGGCACGCAGGACUUGCAGCACCGAAGCAGUGAAGCACCAGGCAACACCACGAAGACAACCACAUUGCAAGGGACGACAGGGCAAGCGGACAAGCAGCAGAGCAACCAUGCUGUAAAGCACAAGGCAACGCCAACACGGCAACUGAACUACAUGGCGCGCAAGCAGAGGACACGGAAGGCACGGCCAGUGGAAGGGCGGCAAGGCAGCGAAGCAGCAAUGCGCAAGACAACACCACAGCACGGCCACACCACACAGCGAAGACAGCAGCUUGCCAAGAACGACCUGCGAGGCAAGCAGAACGGGCAGCAAGGCAGUGGAGGAGCGCAGACGAGGCAGUCCACACGCCCAACACAGAGCAAAGCAGCACAUCACCUACCCACAUCACGGGUGAACCCCACGGACUGUUGGUUCCCACCACCCACUGAGCCAGGGAGACACUCCGACGAGCAUCCGUCAUCACCCACAGGCAACACAUCCCAAACUGAUCGGACCCCAUAAGAGUGCAGUAGUCACUCCAAACGUGAAAGGAAAGAAGGGAUAGGAGAUGGAGAGAGAGAGACAGAGAGAAUGAUAGUAUACGCUAAGGAGCGAG